UCGAUGUCAGAUAUCUGCAGAAUCGUGAGUUUUUGUUGCAAGCGUUUGCAAGGGUUGAUUGUCGUCGAUAAAUAUCAGUGAUUAUUUAAAGAUGGAAAAACGUGGAGAUAGGAUAGUCGCUAAAAGCGAUGAAAGCACGCAAUUUGUCGGAAUGCUCGUUGCAGUAUUUGUCAUAUUUAUGACGUUAGUGUUAUUUGCCUUAUGGCGUAGGAGGAGAUCUGUAGGUCGCAGCAUACUCCUUACAGGUCUCAGCGACGCCGGAAAAACGUUGCUUUUUGCCCGACUCCUUCAUUCAAAAUACGUAGCAACACAAACCUCUGUUAAAGAGAAUAUUGGCGAUGUUAUUAUAAAUAAUAGUUCUCUACGAAUCGUAGAUAUUCCCGGUCAUGAACGAUUACGAAAUAAGUUUUUGGACUCUUAUAAGUCUUCUGCAAGAGGAUUGGUUUAUGUUAUCGAUUCAGUUACCAUCCAAAAAGAUGUCAGAGACGUUGCUGAAUAUUUGUAUACAAUUUUAUCUGAUGCAACGUUCCAAAGAAAUACACCACCAAUCAUGAUUCUGUGCAACAAACAAGACCAAACAAUGGCAAAAGGUUGUGGUGUCAUUAAAUCUCUACUGGAGAAGGAAAUGAAUCUUCUUAGACUCACUAAAACUAAUCAAUUGGAGGCAACAGAUGCAUCUUCGACGAAUUUCUAUCUUGGUAAACAAGGAAAAGACUUCGAAUUUACACAUCUUGGCUCAAAGGUUGACUUUGCAGAGACUAGUGCCUUCCAUAAGGAUGCAGAUAGUUCUGCUGAUAUUGAACAACUUGAUGUUUGGCUGCACAAGAUAGCUUAGUCUCUUGGUUAAAAGUUUUAUUUAUAUUUGUGUACGGAUUUUGUAAAAUGAUAAUAUAAUUAUUGCUUAGA